AUGCGUCAACACGAACAGCAUCACGUUACAAUUGCUGAUGCAUUGCCCACCAAAUCCAGCCUAUCGUCCGGUUCGUCAGUCAACGAAGUCAGUUGCAGGUCAGGCACAGAAUCAGCGGGUUCACCUCCUCCGCCAGCACGUCGCACAAUGCAGCGAAGGAAUAGAACAAUAUCGGGUUCAAAAUCAGAGGAUCAUCUGAUGACCACUGAAAGCGGAAGGAAUCAACGAAGUAUUUGGUUUGAGUUGGUCUACACGAAAGGUCGACCGCCAUGGUAUGAUCGCGAGGGGAAGAAUCUGAAGCAGCCGUAUGUGAUUGGUAUUUGUGGUGGUUCAGCAUCCGGGAAAACAACCGUUGCGAGACGUAUUAUCGAACGACUUGAAGUACCAUGGGUCACUGUCCUUUCGAUGGAUUCAUUUUACAAGGUAUUGAGCGAAGAGCAACACGAGUUGGCUGCACGUCAUGAGUACAAUUUCGAUCAUCCACAAGCGUUUGAUUUCGAUUUGAUUUGUGAGACACUUCAUCGGUUACGUGAGGGAAAAAGUGUGGAAGUUCCUGUCUAUGAUUUUACGACACAUCGACGUGAUAAGAAUCCAAAAUUGAUGUACGGUGCGGAUGUGUUGAUAUUCGAAGGGAUUUUAGCGUUUCAUACAAAAGAAUUAGUCAGUUUGAUGGAUAUGAAGGUGUUCGUGGACACAGAUCCGGACACACGAUUAGCACGGCGCGUGCAACGUGACAUUGAGGAAAGAGGACGUGAGGUAAACGGUGUUCUUGAGCAAUAUUUUCGGUUUGUGAAGCCUGCGUUUGAUACAUUCGUCGCGAACGGUAUGAAGUGUGCCGAUAUUAUUGUGCCGAGAGGUGGUGAAAACGAGGUGGCCAUCGAUCUGAUCGCUAAACAAGUGAAAACGCAACUCGCCCAGAGAGGGUAUGAUGCAUCGAAAAAUUUGAACUUCCAACGCGCCGAUAUGAUCCAUCGUGAUCUACCGCAUAAGUUGCCCGCUUCGUUGCACAUCGUUCAACAGACACCACAAGUUCGCGGUCUGCACACUUUCAUUCGUAAUCGAAAAACUUCGAGUUUCGUUGGCAAAAGGUGUGCAGCGGAAAUUUGCGGUGUGUCAAUUAUGCGUGCCGGUGAAUCAAUGGAGAACUCGUUACGUGCAGUCGUAAAAGAUUGUAAAAUGGGCAAAAUACUGAUUCAAACGAAUGAAAAAACAACAGAGCCCGAGCUAUAUUAUUUGCGACUGCCCAAGAACAUUCAGCACUACAAAAUUCUGCUAAUGGACGCUACCGUUGCGAGUGGGGCAGCAGCGAUGAUGGCAAUUCGAGUGCUUUUGGAUCACGACGUGCUUGAAGAGAAUAUCAUUCUGGUGUCGUUACUAAUGGCCGAAACGGGUAUUCAUUCGCUGGCUUAUGCAUUCCCUAAGGUGACUUUGCUGACUACGGCAGUGGAUGCACAUAUAAAUGAGUCGUAUCAUGUGAUACCGGGAAUGGGUAAUUUUGGUGAUCGGUAUUUUGGUACAGAAGCAGUGGCAUUCUCGGAUGAGGACGACUCGAAUAAUAGUUCAGAUAAUGAGAAUGCGAUCGGUGAUUUCUGUGAUGAGGUGAACGCAGACGGUCAACCGGUGUCAACGCAAACGAACAGUAGCACUAGCAGUCAUUACUCGAAUCAUUCGUUGUCUAAUUCGAGUAGUUGUUUGACUGGUGGACGAGUGCCACCAGAAGAGAAUACUUCAAAAGUUGAAGCAUCUGACAACUGUGAAAUUGUUGAGAUGAAAUUGAAGGAAGAGCAUCAUUCUGAGCAGAUCAAUGGUGAUCUGCUGAAUAGUCCGGGAGAGAACAGUACGACGGAAAGUGAUACUGUCAUGUGUAUAAAUUGUGCGCACGAAAGUGCUGAGUCGAGUAGAAAUAGCGCCACGGAAAGUGUCGAGUUGAAUUCGAAUUGUGUAUAA